GUCAUUAUAAUGUGUCUCCCGAGUACGAAAAUAGAAUAGGAAAGUUGACAAGAGAAAAUGAAAAGUAAAACACAAAGGGGCAAAGAGCUGUGAAGGAAUAAAUAGAGGUGUCUAGUUGCUAUUUAAUUCAAAUCUAUUCAUUCGUUCACUUGCCAUCUUCUCAAACUUUACAAGUAGCACACAGCACAACAAAAACCUAUUCACCUUACAAGAAAAAAACUUCAUUAUUUCUUCUUAGCUUGAUAAUUAGUUUCCACCGUGUUCAUAUCAACAAAAUAGCAGCAAUGCGGCCUCCUAGCCGCCGCGCCUGGUUUAUGUUAAUAUCUUUCGUUGUUAUUUCCCUUUUGUCCUUCCAGAUCUCAUCUGUUGUAGGACAAGAAGGUGGUGACAAUGAUAUUGAUUUAGAUGACAUUAAGGCCAAUGCUAGCAAGUUGAGUUUCGAAAACCCAAAGCUUCGCGAUGCCUACAUCGCGUUGCAAUCUUGGAAAGCAGCUAUGCUUUCUGAUCCUUUUAACUUCACAGCUAAUUGGACAGGACCAAAUGUUUGUUCCUAUGGCGGGGUAUUUUGUGCACCAUCAUUAACUGAUGAUUCUAUAAGAGUUGUCGCUGGCAUUGAUCUUAACCAUGCUGACAUUGCUGGUUCUUUAGUUCCUGAACUAGGUCUUCUUACAGAUCUAGUUCUUUUCCAUCUCAACUCGAAUCGAUUUUGCGGGGUCGUACCUAAAACCUUUAGCCAUUUGAAGCUUCUUAGGGAGCUUGAUUUGAGCAACAAUAGGUUUGUUGGUGGAUUCCCUAAGGUGGUUCUUUCGUUGCCUUCUUUGAAGUUCUUGGAUCUAAGGUUUAAUGACUUUGAAGGACCAGUUCCUUCUAAGCUUUUCGACAAAGAUUUGGAUGCAUUGUUCCUUAAUGACAACAGAUUCCGCUUUGGCAUCCCUGAGAACUUGGGUAACUCACCUGUUUCUGUUCUCGUGUUUGCCAACAACAAUCUUGGAGGAUGCAUUCCAGCCAGCAUUGGGAAAAUGGCCAACACUUUGAAUGAGCUAAUACUGAUGAAUGACAACCUUACUGGGUGUUUGCCACAGGAGAUUGGGAUGUUGAAGAAGCUGACAGUGUUUGAUGUUAGCUUCAACAAGAUUCAAGGUCCAUUGCCGUCAACAGUUAGCAGAAUGAGGAGUGUGGAACAACUCAAUGUGGCUCACAACAAGCUCACUGGUACUAUACCAGCCAGCAUUUGCCAACUUCCUAGGUUGCAAAACUUUACAUACUCUUUCAAUUACUUCACCGGGGAUGCCCCGGUUUGCGCUGCUACUAGAUCUGGAGAUGGCAAAGAAAACUGCAUCGCUGGAAAAAAGAAUCAAAGAUCUGCUAAGGAAUGCUCUUCUGAUGAUGCAAAACCAUAUGAUUGUAGGAAAUCAAAGUGUUUUAGCCAUUUUGCUACAUCUCCUACAACAAAGCCAAGACCAAAACCAACACAAAAACCUAAGAGACCACCUGUUCACAACAAACCACCAGCACCAAAGCCAUCUCGUCCAACAAGACCUGUUGUACCAAUUGAAUCUCCACCACCACCUUCUUCGAAAUCUUCGGGUUCGCAUAACAAGCAUUCUCCACCGCCACCUCAAUCAACUCCUCUGCCUCCACCACCACCACCACCACCUACCUACAAAAAGUCCCCAACCUAUCAACAUAGAAGUCCUCCACCACCUAUGCAUAAAAUUUCUCCAGUAACUCAUCAAUCACCUCCUCCUCCACCAUCACCUUUAUAUUACCGCCCAUCUCCAUCACCACCACCACCAGUUUAUCAUUCUCCAUCACCCCCAGUGUAUCACGAGCCACCUACGUAUACGCCUCAUUUACCACCACCCCCAGUGUAUCACGAGCCACCAAAAUAUACGCCUCAUUCACCACCACCCCCAGUGUAUCACGAGCCACCAACGUAUACGCCACAUUCACCACCACCACCACCAACAUAUGAACAUCCAAGAACUCCAUCACCACCACCACCACCACCACCACCACCGUCAUACGAACAUCCAAAAACUCCAUAUCCAUCACCACCACCAGGUGGAUACACUCCUGCCCCACCUACCCUACCUUGCAAUGAUCCACCUCCUCCACCUCCGACUUCACACUGGGAACCAAAACCAUCACCACCAUAUACCUAUUCAUCACCACCACCACCAUCACCUCCCCCUCCCACUUACCAUUACACAUCACCGCCACCACCAUCACCAUCACCUCCACCACCAACUUACUACUAUUCAUCACCCCCACCACCAUCGCCAUCACCGCCACCGCCAACAUACGAAAAUGUACCUCUUCCACCAGUUGUAGGAGUCUCCUAUGCAUCUCCACCACCACCAGUCAUUCCAUAUUACUGAACAAGGGUUAUCAAUUAGCCUCUUAGUUCAUUGUCUUUGAUUUUCGAAGAGCAAAAAAGAAUUCUUUUUUUUUUUUGAUGAAUUAUGUAUACUUUGUUAUUUAUUUUUGUAAUAUUUUUAUUUAUUUUGAGUUUGAUUAUAUAUUUAUGAUGAAAUCCCAUGGGCGGGAAUUAGUGAGGGGUUUAACGAGCAUUAUUGUUAUGCAAAAAGGGGUGGUUGUGUAUAACUACAAUCUUAAUGUUUCUUUUUGUAAAACUCAUUCAUUCAAUUAAUAAACAUCUUUCUAGACUUA